CUUAGGGCAGCCUCCCUCAGCUUUUAUAAAUUCAGUCGCCACUGGAACACGAGAAGGGAAGGACGUGCGCCGAGCAGCUCCUACACCCAACUACUGCUACACAAACUUGCAUUACGUAUUUCAACAACACAUUUCACUACGCUGGAUAUACGUAAAUAAGAUCUAAUCAAUUAUACUAUAUCUCUUAAUUAUGUCAUCGAAAAAAGUGAUUAAGCAAUAUUAAACGACUAAGACACUAAUUAAAACUUAUUCUGACGACAACAAACUGAAUCAAGUAACGAAUAGAAAAAAAAUUCACACUACGGAACUUGUCUCUCGGUGCCUGCAGUAAACAAACACAGUACAGCGGCCGGUGAGAGUGUGUUGAGACAGUGACAUGACCCAAGUGUGUUCUACCCACCUCACCUCACUCACCUAACAUGUCCACACUUCUCUUCUUCGCUUGUAUUAUAGGAUGGUCGUCGGGGAUAACUCAGUGCCCCAACAAGACAGAACUGGACGCCUGCCUGGCCAAGAUAGUGCCUCAUAUGCCCAAAACCGGCUUUCCCGACCAACCAAAACAACUGGCCAACACGUGCAGAACGUUCAAGGGUGGGAUGCGGUGUGUGGACGGGUACACCGCUCAGUGUAUGUCCCAAGUAGAGCGGGCUGGUCUGGAGGAAAACCUGAAGGGCGCGCGCUACACCCUAGCUUUCCUCUGUGACGACCCUAUCUUCCAGCGAGAGUACCUGUCACAUGGCGAGUGCAUCAAGGAGGUACGGGAAGACUGGGACCGCUGCCACAACCACUUCAAGCACCUAGUGGGCCUUCAACACACCCACGCCAAUCUCACCCAAGCCCAGCGUGACCACAACAUUUGCUGUAUUCGUGAGGGAUUCCUAAACUGCGUGUACGGGAUGAGUUACCUUAAGUGUGGAAAAUUAGAGGCGGUAUUCCUGAAGAAGAUGACGGCGACGCUCUCCUACAGCGACGUGCACCAAGAGAAGUGUCGGAACGUGACCCGGCGAGUGUGUUCUUCCUCCCCGCCUUCCCUUCCUCCCUGCUCCUCAGCUCUACAUAGCCUCGUGUUGCUUUUAUUGUUUAUCUCGUCUCGUUGAGCAUUUGAAAUUAUAAUCUAAAUACAGUGCACGUGUCUCUCUCUCUUUUCCGAGACUUUCAGUACUAUAUAGUUUUGUUGAUGUUUAUUGUGUAGGAUGAAACGCUCACGAUACAGUAAAUCUUUCGGUAAUUUUGUUGUGGUUUAUAGAAUAAGAUAGAACACUACAACAAACUUAGAUUAUCUUAUACAACAUCUCCGUUUUAGCUCCGCCACUUUUAUAUCUUAUGAGUUUUGACGGGAUCUUCACUACUGUUUAUUUUACUGCAAAGAAUACAAAAACGGUGUGAUGCAAAACCCGAAUAUGUAAACGAAUUAUGAAGCAAAUCACAGGAACAAACCAAACCCCCAAAUUGAAUAUUAUAAAGAAAUAUAAACACUAAUAAUGUGUUAUUUCAUACCUAGUCGCCAUCUAAUAGUCUUAUCUGAACAAAUUUCAUUCAUUCGUUGGAAAAGGUCUCAGUAAGCCAACGACACGAACCAAAUUUCUAUAUCGUCAAUAAUAGGAAUAUUUGUAAACAACGCAUCCUGCCUUUUCCCAUUUUCAAGUUUUCAUGUAACUACGCUGGUAAGAUGACGUGAAAAAAAUACAAUUACCAAUACAUAUACUGUACUGUUAAUUUUUACAGAUAUUAACAUCUAAUUUAACCUAACGAUCGCGAAUUAAUUCCAUGUACGAUAAGUUGUUUUGUGUCGCCUGGAAAAAAAGUGAUGUUCCUAUACAAGGUAACUCUUUUAAUAUUGGACAUUUGAAUCAUGUUCAAUCGCGUGUUCUAAAAUAUACAAGACACUACACAGUACAUCCUCUAUUAAAUGCACUAUACCUGCAAGUUAAUAACAAAAUCGGUUUAGUACCUCAAAGGAAGCAAAGCCAACAUCAAAAUCCACCCAACAAUUUCCUAAUUUGAACACCACUGACGGAAUAAGAUGCACCAUUACCUUAUCACUGGUAAACGUUCACUUCAGCUCUGCUACUUUUGACUUAUUAUAGGCAGAGAUCUUGUUUAUUUUACGAUAUAGAUUUUAAUACCGUUAGGAACAAAGGAAUAAGGGGUUACCAUCAUACAUAACCUAAGAUCGUUAAGUUAGGUUAGGUAACGUGAGGCCAAGCUAUAGUUUAAGUUAGGUCACGUUAGGCUAGGUGGGUUAGUUUGGUUUGGAUGGUUUCUGUCGUAUGCUGCUUACAAGUUUUAUCCUUGCAACAUUACCGGAUUUGUUUUGUGUGCAUAGUGAGUGAAAGCAGAUCCCGUAGGCGUGACGGUCCGUUAUAAGUGCAGAUACAAUAUAUUUGCAAACUUAGCAUUUUUGAGGAAUAAAGGGAUGCACUGCGGCCAGAACAACGCCUCGACCGUGUUUCCGGGUCCAACUCACAGAUAGAUUCACUGGAAUGUUAGACACGAACCAGCCACCCUAAAGACAGCCGCCGCAUCCUGCCACACAAGUUACAUCAGUCAAGUUCCCACCAAAACAUAAGUAUACAAUGGUAGAACUAAACAGCACAACACCACAUUUAUAACUAACAAGGAAUAAACUUACCUCAUCUCUUCGACGAGCACCAACAUGAAUAUGGUAGACUGUUUACUGGGUUGGAUAAAGCCGUGUACCGUAAUCUGCUUCUCUCAAUAUAUUCAUGAGAGCUUUCAUCUUCUCCCGUGUGUGUGGUGGAAGCUGCAAAGGAUAGAGAUAUGAGCAUCAUCGCUAAUAAUAAAGGGCACAAGGCCUCGGGAGCUUAGCCGGCGAUUGUAUUUGUGUUUAUGGUCUCACAAUGUAAUUUUAAGUCUUGUGGUACAGAUGUAUU